GUGCCCAACUGCAGGCUAUGGUAGGCAGUACCUUUAGCUUCCCCGGGUUUACGCGGCUGAUCCGCCUCUCCUCCAAACCCCCCUCACCAGGCAAAUGUCAACUUACCGCCCGGGCAAGAGGGGCAGCCCAGGCAGCCGUUGUGCGGUACAUAUAUGUUACCCGACAGUUUUACUUCCCCAGCAUUGGCGAUUCCUCCACGGUCCUCUCUCUUUCUUCGAUAAUAUUAUAUGAACGCCAAAUGCCUUGUCCAGUGGCUGGGUGCAAUGUCAGGAACUGACGGACCUACGCAAUCUACCCCAUCCAUUAGCCCACCGCGCAUUCUCAUUAUCGGCGCGGGUUCGCGAGGUCGGACUUAUGCGGACGCCGUCGUGUCGGCAAGUAAUGGUGUGGUCGUCGCUGUUGCCGAACCAGAUGACUACAAGAGGAACCGCUUCGGCGAGACCAGGAUAUGGGGCUCCCAAUCGCCGCCUCCCGAAGGCGCCGCCUUCUCCGACUGGCGUGACUUCAUCAUCUACGAGAAGCAACGCCGCGCUCGUGUUGAGAGCGGUGAGAAGGGUGUCCCUCCAGGCGUCGACGCUGUCUUUGUCUGCGUGCUGGAUGAGAUGCACCGCGAAGUGGUUCUGGCACUCUCUGACCUCGGUGGGCUGCACAUCAUGUGCGAAAAGCCACUGGCAACCACGCUUGAGGAUUGCGUCGACAUGUACACGGCCCUAAGGGCCAACAGAACUGCCCGGGGGGAACAGGCGGUUUUCUCUAUCGGACAUGUACUGCGCUACAGUCCUCACAACAUGCUGCUUCGAAAGCUGCUCCUCCAGGACCGCGUUAUCGGCGACAUCUUAUCCGUCGUGCACACAGAGCCUGUUGGAUGGUGGCAUUUUGCGCACAGUUACGUGCGCGGAAAUUGGCGCCGCGAGAGGACCUCUGCUCCAAGCUUGCUCACCAAGAGUUGCCAUGACAUUGACGUGCUUCUUUGGCUGUUGUGCUCGCCUGCAGACUGCUCGGCCCGGGAUUGUCCUCCACCCCACCUGCCGUCCACUGUCACCAGCACUGGCUCACUCCAGCACUUCAAGAGAAGCCGCAAGCCGGCCCAGGCGGGCACUGCUACCAAUUGUCUCUCCUGUCCUAUCGAGGCCACGUGCAAGUACUCGGCGAAGCGCAUCUAUGUCGGCCCAGAGCUGGCCGGCUUAGAAUCGGGCAACACGGGCUGGCCCGUCAGCAUCGUGGUCCCUGAUAUCGAGUCCUGCGAAAGCAUGGCGGAGGCGAGAGAUGCCGUGCUUAGGGAGCUGGCCAAGGACUACGACGCCGACACGCCGGACUCCGAGGUUGCGCGGCGUAAUUGGUUCGGCAGAUGCGUCUACGAGAGCGACAACGACGUAUGCGACGAGCAAGUGGUCACGCUGAGCUGGGAUGAUGACCCGUUGCCGGGGAGCUACGGGACAGGCAGUCGCAAUGCUAAAACGGCGGUUUUCCACAUGGUUGCCCAUACGAAGAAGAUUUGUGACCGAUACACCCACAUAUACGGCGUGGAUGGCGAGAUCUAUGCCGAUUCUUUUACCAUCACUAUCGAGGACUUCCGCACAGGGCAGACAACAGUCCAUCGCCCAAAGGUCGAGAGCCGCGGACAUGGCGGGGGUGAUAUUGGCCUCACCCGUCAGUUCGUGCUCGCGGUUGACAAGGUCAAAAACCAUGGCUGGUCAGCUGACAGAGCACAGAGAGAGCUCGUGGGUUGCACAUUGGAAGAGAUUGUUCGUAGCCAUGCCAUGAUCUUCUGCGCAGAGGAAGCGCGACGCGGGAAGAAGGUCAUCAAUUGGCCCGAGUGGUGGGCGACGCAGGUUGAAUCUAGGGCGGCCAGUGCUUCAGCCUGAGCGGGUGUCCCUUUGCCUUCUUUGCAUUGUGUUGCGGCCCAGGAGGUGGUGGUAAGUGAUGGGGCGUGGUCAAUCCAAUCGAGACAGGAAAUAC